AUGGCCAGGUGGGCACUGGUGCUGCUCAUGGUCCUGACAUUGGGUAGGGUCCUACUCGUUCCAGGGACCCCUAUCCCCACCUUCCGGCUCCUCUCUCAGAACUAUCCAGAGACUGUUUCCUACUCUGUGGCCUCGGAGAGCCGCUCAGCUACCACCCCAGGGCCCUCGGCUCCCUGGAGCUACUCCAAAGCUAACCCUCAUCCGGACACGCGCGUCACACUCUCCUUGGACAUCCCCAUCGGCCUCUUACGGAUCUUACUGGAGCAAGCCCGGACCAAGGCUGCCAGGGAUCAGGCUGCCACUAACGCCCAAAUACUAGCUCGUGUUGGCCGCCGCUGA